AUGAUGGCGCAGAUCGGCGAACUCAGUGCCAUUGAGCAACUACCUCAUGAAGUACUUCUCGACAUCUUCUUUUACCUCGAUGCUGCUUCGCUGGCUCAAACAGCAGCAACAAGCACGAGGAUACGUCAGGUUGCCUUACUAGAUGUAUUAUGGAAGCAAUUCGUCCACCAUGCUAUUCACUCUUUGAGUCCUCCCGUUCAGGGUCCACACAUUCAUCCGCUCGAAUCUUCCCUCCCGCUAUGGCAUCCCGAUUUCGGUUUGCAAGCGGACGUCAUCCAUCCACCUGCCUGGCCAACCCGAAACGAGUAUAUUGAAGAGGCCGACGACGAAGUUGCAGCCUGGAUGUUAUCAGCAAAGCCGCUUGGCGAGCUUGAUCUUGACUACUUUGACGGCGCCUCAUCCCUGUACCAAGUCUACAUCCACUUCGUUAGACCAUGCGAGCCACUGCUGGGUUGGUGGGCCUCAGAUGUGCCGUUCUUUGGCAUGGCCGUCAGAAUCAUCUUAGACAUGCACUUCGCCUACUAUGACGAGGAACGCACCGAAGCAUCUUCCCAGAAAACAACCUCGGGCGCCUUGGCGACAGCAGAAGCUAUGUCUCAUCAAGCUUCCUCAGGGUCUACUGGCAUCAAACGGAAGUCGCCCUCCAUUGUCUGUCAACGAGUUUAUCCGACCAACCGUCUACAAGGGCUCGAUAGUGACAUGGAGCGAUGGUCUCAAGUUACCGGCUUUCCGAUGCCUAGCAACGCAGCUAUUAUUGGUCAAGGCACCAUCCUUCGUCGCAGCCUGACCCAAAUCCGCACCGAUCUUUGCGAGCCAGGAAUCCGUACGGAGAAUCUGUGGCACUUUAGCUGGCGUGAUGCCCAGCUUGGUACUGCGGCACCAAAAAACCCGGCCUCAUCCUCUGCCUCUGCAGACCUGACGUCGGAUUUGAGCAAGAUGGCUGCAGGGACCGACCUUCGAGCUCACAUUUUAAGCCAGUCGUGGCUGCGAAGUCUUAAUCCUCACAACCGUAGCGGACGCUUGUCCCUAGGCAACAAUGGUGGCGACGUAGAUAUGGACGAUGACGGAAGCGAACACGGAGAAGAACUUGACUUGGACGAGAAUGAAGCUGAAGAGAUCGAUCGCGUCCUACGAAGAGCAGCCGAGGCGCCUGCCUUCUUCAACUUUGGCUUCAAUUUGGAAGAAGACGAUGCAGCUCACACCAAUCUACGCAGACUCAUACUUGGUCCACAUCGACACAUAGUCGGCAAUCUGCAACAUCGAAUCCACCCUCUUUCUGGCGCUGUAUCGACACGCUCUGACGAGGUGCAGGAAGAUGAUAGAGUACAAGUCUCACUUUCUCCUCACCAGCCGUACAUCGGUGCAGAACAGCGCAAUGAAGCAUUCAGAUCGCCGCCUUCCAUCAUCAUGCCUCUACCACCUACCAUCUUUCCUCCACCCGCCUUGCUACCUGCGGUCCGCUCUCCACCUUGGAGUCGGCUCGGUCAGAAGCAGAUCGGAAGAUCCAACAUCUUUGCAACGGUGCGGAGCGAAGAUGGGUUGCUUCUUGAAGGCAAGCAUCUGACGAUUGACUCGUUGACUAUGACUCCUUCACCACCGUAUCGUCCUUGGCCGAUUGAGGCGCAUGCGUUGGAGUCCGGGCCGAGAUUCUUUCCUAUUCGCAAUCCUGAUCGCAGCUCGUUGCUGAGCAAGCCUGCGCUCAAACAACCUGCUUCCGAGGCAAGCAGCACUAUUUUGCCCUCUCUGUCGUCUUUCGGGCCGGGAAUCAGCACUAGCGCAACAGCAUCUACCUCAACAGAUCCAGUCAUCUACCAGCACAUCGCUCCACCGGCAUACUACGACCCAGCACAUCCAGAUUUCGACUGGGACGCCAUCGAAGGACUCUACAGCAUGACGUACGGUCCGCAUGGCAUCGAACUGCUAUACAUUCGUGCUCGUCAACUCACUUCACUCGACUUUGAACCUGACGAACGCGUCCUUGCUUGGCCCGCCGAACCACUUCUCUCGAGCGACGACAUGUACGAACAGACCCGCAUCAGUCGCCGCAGUGCAGCCCGAGUAGGGGCAAGAGUGUUGGAAGCAGUUAAAGUAUUGGGCGAUCCAAACAUUCCUCGUGGUCAAGUCACCUGGCGAGCCUUUAUCGAUGAUCCGGGUAGGAGCGCAGUGCCGUGGCGUCCACCGCCAAUGGGGUAUCGCAAGCAUACACCUUGGCCUUUGCGUCCACCAGAAGCGAUCAGCAAUCAGGAUGAGAGAUCACCUGGGUUGGUGCUGCCAGCGCAUGGUCGUGUGGCCGGAGAAGGGUUUGCUGGGCCAGGGUGGGCGACGGCACUGGCAUGUAUUUCGUCGAUUGAUGAGAUUCAGAUCUGGUGGCAGCCGAUGUAUAAGAUUUCGAUGGCUAAGAAGCUGAUCGGGGUGUAA